GGUGGGAGGCAACAGAAGUGUUUGGGUGCAGUGGCAUCAUUUUGGGCUUUUCCUGCUCUCACACCCUGCUGGGAUUUUCUUUUACCACACCAUCAUGGGUAGCGCCUACCACUGGGAGGCUCGGCGUCGGCAGAUGGCUUUGGAACGGAGGAAGGAGCUGAUGGCUCAGCAGCAACAAGAGCAGGAAGCAAAAAAACAGGAAGAGAAGAAACAGCAUUUUGAGAAAACAUCUCAGCCACGUCAGGAUUUAAAAGGACCCCAACAGGACUCAAAAGGACCCCAACAGGACUCAAAAGGACCCCAACAGGACUCAAAAGGACCCCAACAGGACGCGAAAGGGCCACCACCUGCACAACCACAGCAACAAGCACAACCACAGGAGAAGGCACAAGGACAACCACCGCCACCUAAACCAAAGUCACAAAAGGAGCAAGACCCACCUGCACAGAGCACCGUCAAGGACUGUCUCCAGAACACCCAAAGGCAAGGACCCCAGACUAAACCAGCGGGAGCUCAACAAGAUGGCCAGCAAUCCUGUAGAGUGUGUGAUAAGCCCCCAAUCCUUCCAGGCCGUGGUCUCACGAAUGCUUGCCAGUCUAGCUCUUCUAAAUAUUCCCGACUCACGUCAACUAAUUACAUCCAGCAGUGGUGAUCCAGAGAUGGACUCCAAGACCUGACGAUACCACAAAGUGAAAACAAAACCAAAACCCCAAAAUCAAUCAACCAAACAAAAAACCCAACCACCACCGAGAAAGCAAGCCGGACAGCAACCACACUUUCUUUCCACCUAGCAAUGUUUUUAAUCCAAAAGGCCAGUUGCAUUUGGAAAGGAGGCUAGCUGGGAUUAAAAUGUAAUUCCUGGAAAGAA